GUACUCAGCCUUAAAUUUAUCCCAAAAAAAGUUAAAAAAAACACCACCAAAAACUAUUGAACCGAGGAAAAGUCAAAUUUCCUUGGCGAGUAACCUCUAGCCCCAUAUACUUUUGGUUGGUCUGCUGUUGGUGGUCUUGUUCCUCCUCCACCCGCAAGGCCACCGACAAAGACAAGUCUCCUGAAGUUCCGCAAGAUUUGAAAAAUUUAGGGGCGUUCAUUGUGAUUCUAAGGUAGUUCUUGAUUGGUGAUAUGUCUGCGGCGGAGUCGAGCUCAGUCGCAGCAGCUGACCACGCUCAUCGCACCAACUUCAAUGGAGUCCUCUCUCAUGGCGGCCGGUAUGUGCAGUACAAUAUACACGGAAACCUUUUCGAAGUUUCCAGGAAGUAUGUUCCCAUCCGGCCCGUCGGACGCGGCGCUUAUGGCGUCGUCUGCGCGGCUAUGAACUCUGUCACAAAUGAGGAAGUUGCCAUAAAGAAGAUUGGGAAUGCAUUUGACAAUAGUAUCGACGCGAAAAGGACAUUACGGGAGAUAAAACUCCUCAGCCACAUGGAUCAUGAUAAUGUAAUUAUGAUUAAAGACAUCAUAAGGCCUCCUCAGAAGGAAAACUUCAAUGAUGUGUACAUUGUUUAUGAGCUAAUGGAUACUGAUCUUAAUCAAAUUAUUCGAUCUAACCAGCCAUUGGCUGAUGAUCACUGUCGGUACUUCCUUUACCAAAUAUUGCGCGGGCUCAAGUACAUUCAUUCUGCGAAUGUGUUGCACCGAGAUCUGAAGCCCAGCAAUUUGCUCCUGAAUGCUAAUUGUGACCUGAAGCUUGGAGACUUUGGGCUUGCGAGGACAACAUCUGAGACAGACUUCAUGACCGAAUAUGUUGUGACUCGCUGGUAUCGUGCACCAGAACUGCUCUUGAACUGUUCAGAGUACACUGCCGCAAUAGACAUUUGGUCUGUAGGCUGCAUACUUGGUGAAAUCCUGACAAGGCAACCCCUUUUUCCCGGAAGAGAUUACGUUCACCAGUUAAAACUCGUCACACAGCUGAUAGGAUCUCCGGAUGAUGCAAGCCUUGGAUUUCUCCGUAGUGAUAAUGCCCGACGGUAUGUGAAACAACUUCCGCAGUAUCCAAGGGAGCCAUUUUCUAGAAGAUUCCCCAAUUCUUCUCCCGGAGCAGUGGAUUUGCUUGAAAGAAUGCUCGUCUUUGAUCCUAGUCGCCGUAUUACAGUUGACGAGGCACUGUGCCAUCCAUACUUGGCGCCUCUCCACGACAUUAACGAGGAGCCCGUUUGCCCAAAGCCUUUCAGUUUUGACUUUGAGCAGCCAUCCUUCACCGAAGAAAACAUUAAAGAGCUCAUCUGGAGGGAAUCUGUGAAGUUCAAUCCAGAUCCUCCCCCUACUACUACAAACAACUGAAUAUUAUAUGAGCAUCAUCAUGUGUAUGUAUACAUAGAUACAUACAUACACAUUCUGGGGUUAAUAUUGUCUUUAUCAAGUUGUGUUGGUGUUUUGUUUUAAAACCGAAGCUGCAAAUUAAGCAUUCCAUUUCAUCAUCAAGCAAAUAAUAAUAUUUUGUUUACAUA